AAAUUUUGCUUUCCGCUCGCUUAACCGCUUUCUUUCCUCCCGUGUGUGCAAAUACGCGUGUUUCCACACGUGUGGAGGCUCGAAAUCGGGGCAUUUCCACAUCAACAAUUCGAAAACCGCAUCAGUUGGAGGUUAGUGUCGGAAAAGUGAUGUCAAGUGUUGUGUAAGUGAGAAUGCGCCAUGGCCGAGGAGUAUCCAGUGGUGGUGCACUUUUCGCGGGACCCCUCUCUGGCCAACAUCGAACACAUGAAGCCCCAGCUUGAGUCGCCUGACAAGUUUACCGAAACGGGGCACAAUUUCGAUGUGUUUUACGUGAUCUGUAUUGCCUUAUCGAUCAUAACCUAUGUGUUGGAUUUGGUUCUGGCGUGUGUUUUGCUUUAUUAUUACUCGAUCUACGGGUAUGGACUUUAUUUUGCACUGACUUUGACGUUCGUUCUCGUGCCUGCGUUGUUUGUGACCACGGUUAGCCUUAGAUGGUACAUAAUAGAUCAUGAUGAUCCUUCCGUUGGUAAAACCCGGUUAGUGCACUGGGUGGUAAGGAUAAUUUUCCUCCUUUUGCAACUCUCGCCUUUACUUCGCUACAUCGAUACGCUCAUUUAUGGAAUUCAGAGCAAAAUUGUCGGAUCGUCCUUUCUCUAUCGACGAAUGUUGGACGAAGACACGAACAGUGCGCUCUUAAGGCUGUAUCACUGUUUUCUCCACGCGGCGCCACAGGCCAUCAUCCAGUUGAUGAUUCUCUUAAUCCAUGUGACGCACCCCGACAAAGUUCCACUCAAAAUUGAUGUCAUCGUGAUCCAGUCAUGGACGGUCGUGGCCGCCUUGAUGUCGAUCGCAUGGUCUCUCACAUCCUACCACAGAUCGGUGCGUUACGCCCGAGACGAUAAAGAAAAAAUCAAAUGGGGAGGGACUUUAGUUGCGUUCUGUUGGCACCUCAUGAGUGCACUAUCCAGAGUAUUGGCUUUGAGUCUUUUAGCCUCGAUCUUCCCAGCAUGGAUGGGGUGCGUAUGUGCCCUCCAUUGGAUAGUGAUGUCCAUAUGGUUGACCUUGAGCCAACACCACCCAUCGGCCUGCAGCAGCCGCUGCGAGGAAGUAUUUCUGUCCAUAAGUCUAGGUCUGGCCUAUGUUUUGGCGUUCAUUUCGCCAAGAGAUGGGCCCACUAGAUACAUAUACCUCGCCUAUUACCUCGUCUGCUUCAUGGAGAAUACCGCAGCCUUGGUCGUUUGGUGUGUAACGAACAAUUCCAGCGACAAUCCGCUCCUGUAUUACGGGGCAGCGGGUGCGCAGAUCGUGGCGUUCCUUCUGGGGAUUGCAUUCCUCCUCGUUUACUACAAGUACUGCCAUCCGUCUAAAGCCUACCGCACGAAAAUCCCCGACGUGUCCGAUUCGGGAAUGCUCGACAUCGAUAAGCCCGGUUUUAGUAAAUCGUACGAUGUGCGAUCGCAUUCCUGAUCCGCGACUUUUGUGUAAGGGCGUCCCCUUGCACAGUUUUUUAUUUUUCUAGCUCAGUAUUUGAAAUGUGAUACUUGCUUCUUGGAAGUAAAACAGUAUUGUGGCACGUGAGCAGAGUUGCCUUAGACUGCCAACUGUGCCAAUCGGUGUCUACUAUUGCCUUAAAUGUAUAUAAUAUGACUGUUGACGCUUCAGAUUUUAUUGUUGACGAAAUUUUUCUCUGUCUUGCCGUGUACUUAAUUGAGGCACUGCUGGUUUACGCAAGAUUUUUGAUCACUACUCAAAAAUUGACGCGGUUUGAGUGAUAUUUUAACGCUCUGCGAUAUUCAUGUGAAUUAAUACAUUAUCUAUAUAAUGCCUAAAAGUGUUAUUUUGAGGGAACAAAUCGAAAUUCAUCGUAUAUUUUUUGUAUUAUAUUUGCAAAUAUUGUAUAGAUAUUACUGUAAAGAUAUUUAUAAGUGUUGGUUUGUAAUAAAACUACAGAAAAUCGG